CACCAGUUAUCAUUGAGCGUUGAGCCCAUGCGCUCAAAUCAACCAACUUGUUAUCUCUGGUUGGAAAAUGUCUUUGUCGUUUAGCAACCGAACGCGUAAUCAUCGACGCAGUCUGCUGUGAGAACAAUUAGAUUUCGCUUUCAAUGUUCUAGUGCCGUGCGAGUAAGCCAGACGUGCCUCGGUGCUGUAGGUGUGUGGACUAGUGGCGAAUGUGUGGAAUGUGUCAUCCAUCAUCAGUAGUUGAGUUAGGAUCGGAUCAGUCGUUUUCCCCAAACUGAAAGUUUCAAUUUAUUGAAAUGGCCACCUCUCCCAGUUACAGUGGUUGUAUAUCAGGGAAAAGUGCUGAGAAAAUCUCUGACCCCGAUGUGGAAAAACGGGCAACCCUCAGCACUUCCGCUACCCACCUCCCUCCUGAAACUUUUCUUUCCAAAAUGAAACAAAUACUUUGCGGAGACAAUGUUGACAAAAUCAAACGGAAGGAAGGAAUAAAACACAAAACAUCUCCACGCUCCUCCAAAAAGAAAUUGGGAUACAGUAUUUGCGGUGUUGUCGUACUUUUCACUUUGUUCUGCUGCAGUACCACAGCCUGCAUAAUAAUGUGGUUCACCGAUGUUUAUUUGAGUCAAGUUCUGGAGCAAAUGACAGUCCACAAUGGAAGUUUAGUUUAUAACUCAUGGAGGAAACCAUCUUUGAAGCCUCUAAUCUGUAUCUACGCUUUUAACUAUACAAAUUUAGAAGAGUAUACAUACUUCAGAGCAGGAAAACUGAGAAUCAAAGAAAUUGGACCCUAUUGCUACAGAGAAACGUUGGAGAAAGUCCAUAUUUCAUUCCAAGAAGAUGAAGGCACAGUUACAUACGGUAACAGAAGGAGCCACAAAUUUGAUGCAAACCAUUCUCGCGGGAAACCAGACGAUGUCCUUUAUCUUCCAAAUCCAGUCAUUUUUACAGCUGUCUCACAUGUGAAGAAUUCUCCUUAUCUACUCCAGAUACUUAUGCACACAGUGGUGAAAUUUGCCAAUUCCGAAGUUAUUUUAAAAGUGAAAGUAGAAGAUUUCUUAUUUGGCUAUGAUGACAAUUUAUUGAGAUUUGCUACAGGAUCAGCCAAGCUGCUGCAGAAGAAUAUACCUUAUGAAAAAUUUGGAAUUCUGGCAAUAAGAGCAGCAGAAACGAACAACACUGUGACGGUGCAAACAGGCCAUAAGGACCUGCGACACAUCAACGUGGUGCGUGCGUUCAACAACAAGACCGUGAUGGACGUGUGGCACGGCAACGAGUGCAACCGCAUCGACGGGAGUGAUGGCGCUUUCUUCUUCAGAAAGGAUCUAGAGCAGCACAAAACUCUGUACAUAUUCCACGAGGACGUUUGCCGCAGAUUACCCCUCGUCUUUGAAAAGUACGUUGAUUUUCAGGGUGGUGUGAAAGCAUUGAGGUACCAUUUGUCGCCUACAGCAUACAACACAGAGAACACAUGCUAUUGUCGGUCGAAUUGCCCUCCCAGAGGUGUAUUCGAUUUGUCACCAUGUGCUCAUGGUGUACCGCUUGCAAUGUCAUUCCCUCACUUUUUGAAUGGCGAUCCAGUUCUGUUUAAGAAGAUUGCAGGACUAAAGCCGAAUAAAAAUCUUCACGAUUUCUACAUUGAUAUUCAACCGAAGUUGGGAUUUACACUGGGUAUGGUUUCUAGGCUACAAAUGAAUUUGAGAGUACAAAAGCCUCCGGCCGAUGUUUUAUUGAAGGCUUUCAAUAAUAACAUGAUCUUGCCCUUGGUCUGGCUCGAAAUUUUUGCAGAUCAGAUGCCCGACGACAUUUUCAGAGUGAUCUACCACGCAACGUUCACAGUGAGGAAUGCCCAGAUCGUUCUCAUGUAUGGCACAUUGAUUUCAACAGUACUGUUAGCCAUCUGCUUCAUGAAUUCGGCGUGGAAGGUGUGGAGAAGAAGCAGGGAGGACACAAAAUCGUCGGCUCUGUCGUUACCGUCGUCGGCUGGUCUUACAAUUGUCAAGUUUCCACAGCACGUGAAAAAGCCAGCAGCGCCCCCGAGGGAAAUCAUCGUUGAGCGGCUGUCCGAAGUGUGAUUUGCGAAAAAUGUACUCUCAAAUGUGACAAAAUAGUGAACUUUCUAGUCUGUUGCUACUAGGAUAGCGAUCAAUAAGAAACUUCCUUCAACAAAAUGUAUUAAGACGAUUAUUAAAGUACUGUAUUUCAGAUUAAAGACUCUUUGCUGCUAUGGGCCUAUGACUUGAAGUUCCAUCUUUAGUAACCAGUGAUGAGAGUGAAUGAAAAAAUAUGAUUGAACAAAUAAAUGAAAAAAACUUGAAACUAUGAGGGAAAUAUUCAGAAAACAACUCAAAGUCUGUAUUGAAAAAGUCUAACGAACAAUUUUGUACACCACCCUUUCAUCACAUUAAUCACCAAUUCUCAGUUUCUCAUGAACUUCCAAACUUAAUACCUUCCAAACGGGGUGUAUACUCGUAGAUACCAAUAUAAAUUUACGUUCCUAGGGUUAAUCUUUAGUAAAAUAAACAUUCUUGUAAUAGAGUUCUAUGCUCACUGCAAGAACUCUAAGGAGGGGCAUGAAAAACGAUCAACAAAAUAUUAAAACGAAGUUUUGUAAUGUAUUGAAGACAGAAGACAUAUUUAUAUAUCUCAAAAAAAACUCUUCCAAGUGAUGAAUAUAUGAGUUCUGUCAUAGUCAUGCCUGUCGUACGCUAUUUAUCCAACGUGAAAUAUGAAAAUUCAAUUUUUAGUGUUCAAAUGAAUUUAUAACUGUGGUUUGAAUAGUAACUGAAUAGAAUAUUUCUAAGGACAUGAUUUAUAGGGUCCAUGACUAUCAGAGAUAAAAUGAUGCUGCGGAGAGUUAAAAAGGUAUACAUACAUUCAUGUAAAGAUUAAUAACUUGUUAAGAGUGUGAUAGGCAUAAUGGUUUACAUUCAUGUUAAGAGAAUUAUUAAUAGUAAUGAGUAAACUCAAUUCGAAUUUUAGAUUAAGAAGACUUUGAUGACAUAUAGAUAAAUACAAUAAAUUCAAAUUUAUUUAUCCUUAACGAUAGUUACAAAGUUUGAAACUUGAAGUAUAAAAUGCAUAACAUAAUAGUUAGAUAUACAGUAGGUAGUAUAAUAAGUAAUUAUAUAAUAUAUAGGAGGAUCCCUGCAAGGUUAAGAAAAUCUGAGCGCAGAGGCCGAGUGUUGAAAUUUUUUUAUAAAUUAAAAGGAAUUAUAAAAGAUUCUUAGAUCAAAGAUAACUAAAAGAUUAUCACAGAAUAACAAUGUAAAACUUAAUUAUUCAUUAUAAUAAUGUAGUUGUAAGAAAAGAGACAAUUAUGAAGAUAUGUAGAAGAAGAAGACUCUUAAUAUCAAAAAACAAAAAAAUGAACAAAAUAAAAAUCAGAACAAUGUUAGCAUACUUUCUUUCGAAUAAACAACAAUCAUUAUAUCCUUAA